AUGUGUAAUAGUAUCAGUAAAGCGUUUGCCCAAAAAAUUGGUUUAUAUAUUACUAGAGAAUUUGGAUUAGAAUAUUCUGCAGUAAAAGAGCUUGGUAUUGGCACAACAAAUGCUGGCAAGAAAGUGAUG